GAAGCAAUUCACCACCCUCUUUUCUCUGUUCAGAGAGAUAGGAUCGAAUAGAGGCGUACAGAGUUCAUUUUUUUUUUCAUAUUAGUUUAUUAUUUUUUCCCCUUUCUUCAUUGAAAGCUGCAAGUAAAUCGCAAGCUCUUGCCGGGUGGGGGUAAAGAAGUGAAAGAAAUAAACGAAGUUGUCGUAUCUGCAAAAUCAUAUAUGAUGGGUGGUGGUGACACAACUGCUGGUGCUCUUGGGAGCGGCGGCGGCGAUGGUAACGUCGCCGCUGCUUCUAUGGUUAGCAGCGGUGGAGCUCGUGAUGGAAGCAGUACUGAAAGAGAUGGUGCCGUCGUAGCGGGCAACAUGUUUGGCUCCAAUGGCAAUAAUAGCAAUUCGGGUGACGAUGAGAGAGUUAGGGUUGAGGAAGGCGAGCGUUUUUACGGGGGCAACCGGUGGCCGAGGCAAGAGACUUUGGCACUCUUGAAGAUAAGGUCGGACAUGGAUGUUACCUUUCGUGACGCUAGCGUCAAGGGUCCAUUAUGGGAAGAGGUUUCCAGGAAACUAGCAGAGCUUGGGUAUCAUCGAAGUGCCAAGAAAUGCAAGGAGAAAUUCGAGAAUGUUUUCAAGUAUCACAAGAGGACCAAAGAUGGCCGAACUGGUAAAUCAGACGGCAAGACUUAUCGUUUUUCCGAUCAACUUCUAGCCCUGGAAACCCAUCUUUCCGCUCACUCCCCAGCAACAGCUGCAGCAGCGCUGCCGCCGCCAAUACUAAAGCCUCCAGUUCAGCCCCAGGCGACAAUGGCAGCAGCUAAUAAUCCUCCGAGUCAGACUAAUAAUGUCACUUUUCUAUCAGCAACAACAGUACUACCCAGUUUGCCUCAAAACAUUGUACCGAUAAACAUAAACCCUACAAUUCCUUCUUUUCCUAAUAUCUCCGCAGAUCUAAUGUCGGAUUCGACCUCCUCAUCGACGUCUUCGGAUUUAGAAUUGGAAGGUCGAAGGAAGAGGAAACGAAAAUGGAAGGGCUUUUUCGAGAAGCUAAUGAAGCAGGUGGUUCAAGAGCAGGAGGAGAUGCAGAAGAAAUUCCUGGAAGCAUUAGAGAAACACGAGCAGGAAAGAAUGACUCGUGAAGAAGCUUGGCGAACGCAAGAGAUGGCGAGAAUAAAUAGAGAACGCGAAUUAUUAGCCCAAGAAAGAUCAAUAGCAGCGGCAAAGAAUGCAGCUCUAAAGGCGUUCCUGCAAAAAAUAUCCGACCAGCAAAACCCGGGCCAGACACAAAAUAAAUUAAAUAAUCCACCGCCAACACCGUCGAUACAGACGGUGGCACAAGCACUGCCGCCACUACCAGCGGCUGCAGCAGCAGUGCCUGCUCCACAGCCUCCGCUGGAUUUAUCUGUGUCAAAGACGGAGAAUGGGGAUCCAAGUUACAGGCCAAGCCCAUCGAGAUGGCCUAAAGUGGAGGUUCAAGCAUUGAUUGAGCUAAGGAAUAGGCUGGACAAUAAAUACCACGACAGUGGUCCAAAAGGACCAUUAUGGGAGGAGAUAUCAGCUGCAAUGAAAAGGUUGGGUUACAAUCGCAAUGCCAAACGAUGCAAAGAGAAAUGGGAGAACAUAAACAAGUACUUUAAGAAGGUUAAAGAUAACCACAAGACAAGACCCGAUGAUUCCAAAACAUGUCCCUACUUUCACCAACUUGAUGCUUUAUACAGAGAAAAGAACAAACAUGACAGCUCCUCCAAUCAAAUAAAACCCGAAAACUCAGUUCCCUUGAUGGUACUCCCCGAGCAGCAAUGGCUCCCUCCUCCUCCUCCUUCCGAGCCUUAUCAACAGCACCACCAACGUGAUCACGGAAUGGAAGACUUAGAAAGCGAUCAAAACCAAGACGACGGCGAUGACGAAGAAGAAGAAGAUGAUGAAGGGGAUGAGUACGAAAUCGUAGGCAGCGAAGCGGCUUCCAUGGGGUCGUGCGAGUGAUGUUUAGAGGUAAGUACACUUAUGGGUGGAGGUGUAGCAUAUAUUUAUGUGGUUCAUUUUGAUUAUUAUUUAUUUUUUGGGCUAAAAAAAUAAGUUGAGAAAGAGAUUCAAAAUCUCAUUCCACACAAUAAUGAAGAG